AUGGCACCCUCAAGAUACGCCGCCGAGGCCGUGGACCCCAAACCCCUCGCCGAACCCCUCGAAUUCGCCUUCUCCGGCAAAGUCGCAAAGAACCGCUUCCUCAAAGGCGCAAUGACGGAGCGCCUCUCGACCUGGGACCCCAAAACCCCGACGAACCGCGGCAUCCCCACGCCCGAGCUCAUCAACCUCUACCGUCGCUGGGGCGAGGGCGAUUUCGGCGUCCUCCUCUCCGGCAACGUCAUGCUCGACUACGACCAGCUCGAGGCCGCCGGCAACCCGAUCAUCCCGCUCGACGCACCCUUCGAGGGCGAGCGCUUCGAAGGGUUCCGCAAGUUGGCCGAGGGGGCCAAGGCGCAUGGCAGUCUGUUGCACGCGCAGCUUAGUCACCCCGGCAGACAGGUCGAGCAGAAGAUUAACCCGCACCCCAUCUCGGCGAGCGACGUGCAGCUUGAGGGGGAUGUCAUGGGUAUGAGAUUCGCGAAGCCGAGGGCGAUGGAGAAGGAGGACUUUGAGAAAGUGAUUGGUGGGUUUGCGCAUGCGGCUGAGUACGUGUACAAGGCUGGCUUUGACGGAGUCGAGCUUCACGGCGCACACGGCUACCUCCUCGCGCAAUUCCUCUCCCCGACAACAAACAAGCGCACCGACCAGUACGGCGGCUCCCUCACCAACCGCGCGCGCAUCAUCCUCGAAAUCGCCGACGCCAUCCGCGCCCGCGUCCCCGACCCGUCCUUCAGCAUCGGCAUCAAAGUCAACAGCGUCGAGUUCCAAGACGAAGGCUUCUCGACCGAAGACUGCCGCGACCUCUGCUCCGCGCUCGAGGCCGCGUCCUUCGACUUCGUCGAGUUGUCCGGCGGGACGUACCAGUCCCUCGCGUUCGAGCACAAGCGCGAGUCCACCAAGAAGCGCGAGGCCUUCUUCUUGGAUUUCGCGGAGAAGAUCAUCCCGCAGCUCACCAAGACGAAAGCGUACGUCACCGGCGGGCUGAGGACUGUGCCUGCCAUGGUGGGGGCGCUGAAGACGGUGCACGGCAUCGGGCUGGCCAGACCUGCGUGUAACGAGGUGGAUCUGCCGCGUAAGAUUAUCGCUGGCGAGGCGUCGGCUGCGAUUGAGACGUUGUUGGGGGAGCAGGAUUUCGGGCUGACGAACAUGUUGGCGGGCACGCAGAUGAGGCUUAUCGGACGGGAUCAGGAGCCGUUGGACGUGAGCAAGGAGAAGUACAAGGAUGUGUUUAUGAAGUCUCUGGGCAAGUGGGCGGAGGCGAUGGGGAAGAAUGAGGACGGGAGCAAGUUUGGGUAUAUUGAUAUUGAGGGGUUGGAUUUGCACCCUUUUGGAAAGCCCUAUGCCGCCGUCGACUUUUUCAGUUCCUCGACCAAAUCACGCUCGCUAGACCCGUCCCGACCGAUCUCAAUCCCGCCCAUCAUGAUCGAACCGUCCCUCCGCGUCCGACGCGCCAUCACAGCAAACGACCCCCUCCUCGUCAAACGAAUCCUCAAAUCCCACCCCCGCCUCCUCCACAACCCAGACCCAUCCCCCGAAGCCCUCUCCAACUCGAACCUCCACCUCGCCGCCUCCCUAGGCCACCUCCCCAUCGCCAAAGUCCUCGUCGACCACGGCCACGAACACCCGGACCCGGCCCUCAACGAGCACCACCAAACAGCCCUCAUGCUCGCCGCCGCCGCGGGCCACACCGAGGUCGUCCACUUCCUCUGCGAGCGGACCCCGCACGUCAUCCUCCGCCGCGACAUACGCUGGCGCGACGCCAUCAUGGAAGCGAGCCGCGGAGGGCACGAUACCGUGCUGCAGAUCCUGCUGACGUACGUCCCCGAGGGCGCGCGCGCCGCCGUGCAGAGGGCUGAUCUAGACGGCAACACGGCGCUGCAUUUCGCGAGCAGUAACGGGAACUUGCUCGUGCUGAGGACGCUGCUUGCCGCUGGCGCUGACGCCGAGAGGAGAAACGUGUGGAGCUGGACCGCCAUGUCGUACAGCGCGACCGUGCAGGCGGAAGUGUACCUCAAGGGUCUUGUGACGGAGGUGGAGCGGCGCAAGUUGGUGAGGCAGGAGGUCGAGCAGCUCAAGAACUCUGUCAAGGGGGCGGCUAGCAUCAAGGGCGGUGCUGUGCGGGUUGUUGAGGAGGAUGUCGAGGUUGAGGACUGA